GUUUAUCAGAGAACUCGCGGGCAUGUGGACGUGAAAUUCGCGUGAUCACGGAAUACUUCAUCUUGUCCAAGUCUGACCAAAGUUGAGGCGGUCAGACACACACACACACAAAGUGGGGAAGCAAAAGAGCUCAUGAAACUCUGCUCAUGCAACUUGAGAAUCAGUGAAAUUUCGGACACAGUGACCGCAAGGGAAAGAAGUUCGCCAUUUGAGCAGUGCUUGUGCGGGAUUUUCCACGGAAACAUGCGAGAUAAUUAGUAGUGUAAAACAUAUUUGUGCAGCGAAAAAAAAACACAGAGAGAGGAAAAGAGCAGGAGUUUCAGUGCAGGCGAUAAUUGCGAGAAAUUUCGCAUGGCGCAGUUUUGUGAAUGUUAACAAACUCCAAGAGUGAUUUGGUGUGUGCAUAGUUGGAAUAAGCGCCUAAAAGAGGCGACAUAGAGCUAGAAAUUAAAAUAGAUCGAAGUGGAAGUGAGUUUUAUCCCCGAAUACGAGUAAAAGCCGGCGUGUGAGUGUCUCGUUUGCCAUCAAGUCCAUUUGGUGGGCAAAGCGCACAGAAAGUUGCCCGCAGAGUGUCCGAAAUGGAAGUUGCAACUUAUGGAUUUGUCACCAAAUAUGCUAACAGGAUGUCAUCUUAUUAGGCAUCUCAGGAGUGGUUAAUUGACGAGGAACAUCACAAGGUGGAAAAUGCUCCUGCAGUCCGGACAUAUCGGUGGCGCAGAGCAGCAAAGAAAUGGGCCGUCGACGGAAAAGGGACAAGCAGCGGCUCUUCCUGUGCCACUCCAGUCGUUCGAGGUGUCCAAGCAGCUCGACAAUAUCCAGGACAAUCUCGGCGAGGGAUGGACAGUGCACCUGGCCAAGGAUGGCCGCCUCUACUAUUGCAAUCACAUAACACGAACCGCCGGGUGGCUGCCGCCGGCCGAGAGCUGGGGUGGCGACGAGGAGCUGCCGUACGGCUGGGAGAAGGCGCUUGAUGAGAAGGGAAGGCCGUACUACAUCAAUCACUGCAAUAAGACCACCACAUAUGAAGCGCCGGACUACUAUCGAUGCGAUGAGCCGCCGCCGCCGCCCGAGCCGCGCCUCGUCAUCCUUCAGCGCAGCCCCACAAUGGGGUUCGGCUUCGUGGCGGGCAGCGAGAAGCCAGUCAUAGUGCGCUUCGUCACAGAAGGGGGUCCCAGUGUAAAUAAGCUGGAGCCCGGCGACCAGAUACUCGCCGUGAAUGGGGAGGAUGUGAAAGAUGCACCCAGGGACCGAGUGAUUCAGCUCGUGAGAUCAUGCGAGAGUCAAGUGACACUUCUGGUGACUCAGCCACCCGUGAAUGGAGCCACGGGGAGGAAAUCCACCCUUCUGUCCGCUGGGAAAAAGGCCAAAUUGCGAACACGUCCAAGCCGUGUUCGCUUUGCAGAAAGUGUCUGUGUGAACGGAGCACCGCUAUUUCCGCCGUCAGCAUUUUCACUGGGCGAUCUGUGUGUCCCUCCCAUGGCCAAUGUGCUGAAGGUGUUCCUGGAAAACGGUCAAACGAAAUCGUUCAAAUAUGACGCCACCACCACCGUUCAGGACGUCGUGACGUCGCUGAGGGACAAAUUGUGCUUGAGCUCCGGUGAGCACUUCAGCCUGGUGCUGGAGCACGUGAAGAGCCUGAAGAGGAACAAGUUGACGCUGCUGGAUCCACAGGAGACACUGGUUAGGAUUGCUGCACGGCCUGGUGCACACAAACUGCGCUGCCUCUUCCGAGUGACGUUCGUUCCGGUGUCAGCUGCUGAACUGGCUCAGCGAGACCUCAACUCCCUCGACUACCUCUUCAUGCAGUGCUGCAAUGAUGUGACACAAGAGAGAUUUGCGCCAGAACUGCAACCGGAUGUGGCUCUCCGUUUGGCGGCACUUCACAUGCACCAGCACGCCCUGGCCAAUAACAUUUCACCAGCAAAGUUGACUGUUAAAACCGUAGAACGAGAAUUUGGACUGGAAAGAUUUGUGCCUACAUCCCUCAUUGAGGGCAUGAAGAGAAAGGAGCUUCGGCGCCUCAUAAGCCACUUCCUCAAGCUCAACACACAGAUGACGGGCUCCUCGAAGAUGCUGACGCAGCUCCAGGCCAAGCUCCACUAUCUCGACAUCAUAUCCGGCCUGCCCAGCUACGGCGCCAAGUGCUUCAGCACGAACCAGCGCGAUGGCGUCGAGCGCGUCCUUCUAGUCAGCCCGCGAUUCGGCCUCAGCCAGAUCGCCGGCGUGAGGAAUUCAGUGCCACAGCCCAUCUGCAACCUCGAGGAGCUCAUACGGGUGAUUGUUACCAAAGAAGAUGAGAUCUCCUACUCAGUGGUGGUGUUCAUGGAGCCAGAUCGUCUGGUCACAUUCUUCAUGGAGGAUCGGGAUGCGGUGGAGUUCGCCCUGGUGCUGGCCGGAUACUAUCGCCUAGCCACGGGCAAGGAGCUAAAUAUGGAGAUGGAGCGAGAGAUUGUGAUUGAGGACAUCGCUCCGCCCUAUCUCUCGCAGCAUUCGGUGGUCCCGACAGCCUGGAGUUACCUUCCGACGUCGCCCGGUCGAUCGUUUAGCAUGGCAUUCUCCAUGCCGCCUCCAUACCAUUCCACCAAGAUCAUCAGCGCAGCCCUGAAGGUGGGCGAGCAUCCCAACAACUGCGACAGGAAUAUGAACAGCACGCUAUCGAAUAACAACCACAAGAGCCCGCCGAUUGGGGAGGAUGAAUUCGGCUUCGAUCUGCACAGCGUGAUGGCGAUGGAAAUUCUCGAGGACACGGGAAAGACUAAUGGAUAUCACGGAUUGGUUGAGGCGCGCAAUGAGGAAGUCAUGCGGAGGGUUGUCGAGAUGCAGCGCAUGGUGGAGACUUCUGAGAGAUACCUAAGUGAGCAGGGUGAGCUGAUGCAUGACCAGGAAUCCAAUUCCAGCCUAAGACUUCCUUGGAGACAAACCAGUGUGGAUUUGGACAGCGAUUGCGACAGCAUGAACAGCAGCAAGUUGUCCUCCAACGAAGAUUCCGCUCCGGCUCCGCUGAAGCACAGUGAUUCUUUGAUACUCCUGGCGGAGUGCAUCAGCCAGGAUCUCACGGGGAUCACAAAUGACUUGAACUCUAUCUGUGGCUCACCAUUCGCUGAGGUGAAUGGGAAAUCGCAGCAGGGAACGCCCAAAGUGCAGCGUCGCAUGCAAGGACUGAGUCAGCUCCUGAGUGAUCUGCAGGCUCUGGGAACGGACUGCUCGCAGAGUGAGAGUGACUCAGAGUCCCUGUACUCGCCCAACAGCUCUCCAAUUCACCGACAACAGACCAGCGGCAAUAGCAAGACAAUAAGAACCAGCUUCGGCCUCCACAGUCCGGACAGUUCCGUGCUCGGGGGCGACAAUAAGGACACCAAUCUCAAGGAGUACCUCCGGCAGCUUCGCGAGGCGAGCAACAACGACGGCAGUGGCACUGACACGGAUCUGGCGGCGAAGAAACUGUCCGAACUCUAUGGUUUCGAACUCUGUGAUGACACACUCAUUGAGACUGAUCCCGAUUUAAUAGAUUUAACAGCCAUACCCCCUCCGCAGACACCCGAUGAGCUCGACGCCCUGUCGGUGAUUGACGCAGCGCCCAUGGGCUUUGGAGACGCCGCCAAGGCUCUGCCGAAGGACGAGGACGAGCUGGAGAAGUUCCUCGCGCAGGUGAUCAUCGCGCCGCCCACGCAGAAAGUCACACCAGCCAAGGAGCUGACUCCCGAGGAGAUUCUCUCCUUCAUCAUCCCGCCACCGCCUGGCCUGGGCGAUGAGGAGGCGCGCGACGGGAGAACGAAAGAGACUGAACCGCCUGUGCCAAGCAAUGGAGUCAGAGAGAAUGGCUCAGCGACUAAAUGCAAUGGAAACAUUCCGUCGACGAUGCCCCGAAGCUUCCCCACGGAGAAUCUCUACAGCAAUACCAGUGUUCACGGCGUGAUUCCAGUGCCGGUGAGCAGCCAGAACAAUCACGUCAUCGAGUACUCUACAGUGGACAGGAAGGGUCCAUUCUCAUGCUGCAGCAAGACCAAGAAGGACGAAGUGCCGAAGAACCCUCAGAAUUUGUCAGGAGUUCUCACGCCUCCGCCCAGAAUGUGUCUCCACAACACUGCAUUUCCCAUCCCCGAACGGCCGCCCAAGAGCGUGGGAUUGCAGCUGAAGCUGAACUCACCCUCGAGGAGUCUACCGCAAUCGCCAAGACUCAACGGGGGCGGCAGCAACUCAUCAUCCACAAGCAGCUACUAUGAGAUGGAUCCUCCGCAUUUGCCGCCACGCUUCGAGGAGAACAACCACAAUCCACCGGCUCUGGCCACUCUGCCGCCCAAGAAGCCGCCUCUGCCACCGGUGCCCGCAAAGCCUACAAAUAUCCGUAGUCCUCUGCCCAUUCUCAAGAACAUCCCUCCGUGUGGCAGUGAGAAGAGCUCUCCAGUUCGUGUGGCGGGAAUCAACUCACCGCACUUCCAUCGACAUCCCAACACUUACAAGGACAUUGACAGAGCCUUCAACACCAGCAGUAGCACAGAUUCCUCGCCGACGUCGUCAGGAAGGGGCACUGCGAACGGACACAAUCGCUCCAACAGCGACUGCCCGCCAGUGUGUCUGCAGAAUCCACCCAAGGACAGUCGACCGCAGCUCUCGCUCCUCAGCUCACCCCUGCUAAUGCGCCGAACAGCCAACAACAGCUCUUUCUCUAGCAACUCCUCACCAACAGGAUCUCCGCAGCUGAGCUCCAAGAAUGGCCAUGUGAUGAGCGCAGAAACCCUGCUGGCGAAGACGGACGUCGCCAUGGCGGGACUUCUGGUGAAGUUGGAUCAAAUUGCUGCCAUGUGCUCAGCCGCCCAGGCUGCCGGCGGCGGAAUCUCCAUUGACGAGGACAAAUUCCAGGCGGCUCGCGACGAACUCACUGAUCAAGCGCUGUCUCUCGUCACAGCCUCCAAACUGCUCGUGGUCGCUCUCAGUGAUCCCUCGAUGGCUUCCCUGCCCGAACACCUCACUUCCUGUCUCACAGCUCUGCGCAGGAUAACAGAAUUGGCCCAGGACAUGACCAGACAUACCUCUUCGCCCCUUCAGACGCGCAACAUUGUGCUUAAAGUGCACGACGUGGCGUCGAGCUUCCGCGAGUUGGCGGGCGUGAAGAUUGGUGUGCUCGGGGCUGGUCAGUUGGCUCUGCAGGCGGAAUGCCUGGCCAACAUGCUAGCCACUCUCCUUCGCAGUCUUCGCGUCUUCUCUCCGUAACUCUGUAGAUAGCCGCCGGUCUCCAGGGCGGAUCGCUAUUCGGAUAAUUCGAGAAACUCAUCAAGGUGCAUUAUUUUGUAAUGAGAAACUGUUACUUUUAUGAUUGUCGAGGAUGUGAAUCAAAAUUGUGUAGACUAAUUUGUGUAAUUGCAAAGAAGUGUGCUCUGGAUUGCACUGGAUGACUGAAAUAUUCAUGCUGAGAGUGAUCUGAUUUUCACAUUCAAGGCAUUCAAGAUAGAAUUGAAGGCAUGGAAUUUACUAAUUAAAUUCCCUGGAACACUAUGGAACAGCUGCAUUACUUUACUUCUUAAUUUUCAUCAGUGUAAUUCAGGCAGUUAAAUUGAAGACACUUUAUCAAUUCUACACACUGCAAAUUGUAAAUAAUUCCUGAGAAUUUAUCGUCUCAAUUACACUGUAUUUAUAUGUUAACCUCGUCAUAAAGUUGGCUAAUGAGGGAGGAACCGAAAAAUUCUUUUGAACUUCCCCUCAGCAGUGAAUUCUUUUGGAAAUACUUCACGAAACAAUUCCCCAAAAUGAUCACAAUGCAAUUACUGAAGGAAUUUUUAAGGCAAAAAACCCACCCUUGCGAAAUAGAAAUGUUUUUUUUAGAUAAAGAAUAUCAACUAAUAAGCAUGGGACUCAAAUUAAUCAAACAAUAUAGCAAAUAUGUGAAUGAAAAAUUAUUAAGGAAGAUAAAUUGAAUGUGUAAUUUAUCGAUAAAUGAGUGUUGCAUGUUAGUAAAACCAGAAUUCCAUCAGUUAACCAACGUCUUUUCUCCGUGCCAUUCCGUGUUAAAUCAUCUCAAGACAGUGGGUGGAAAAGCGAAGCGCAAAGUGGGAAAAAAAAUCAACCCAAAACACAUCACUUCAGUACUGAUUAUCUUAUGCAAAUUGUGUAAUGUAAAAGAGAUAAUAGAAUCCUAAUGAAAAUUCAUAUCAUUUUAAUACUUUCAGGAUCCCUUUUCCUGUGUAAUAUCACAAAAAAAAUCUACAUAAAAUUUAAUACAUUUUCGCAAUGACUAAGGAACAUGCUGAAUAUUUCACGAGAAAUAUAAGUUUAGCACCGCGCUGCAAGGAUGCAUGAAAUUAAUAAUAUAUUUUACUCCAAAGUAAUUUUUAUAUUUAGAGAGGGACUCAAUUUGAGUGAAGAAGAAACUGUAGUACGUAAAAAUGUAACUGACCAAUACAAUAAUUUUUUCUUUUCUUUCUAUAAGAGAACAUAAAUAAUAAUCGAUAGUUUCUAUAUACAAGUUAUAUUUUAAUAACUGAAUUAUACUUUGUUUAGUGAAAAAGAGUUCUUACUAGUCACAUCAGAUUAAAUGUGAAGAUUGUCCCAAAAAUGAGAAAAUAGAGAGAGAGAGAGAGGAAGAGAAAGGGAGAGUUUGCAAAAGGGCGGAUUUGAAUCAGAUUUAUUUUACAUGACUCUAUAUACAACUGAUUGCGCAGAAAUGAUAGGAAUUAAUAUACUUGUAACUUUACUACAAAAUAGCCAUUUGUCUAAUGUGAAUUGAAUGAAUAUUGAAUAUUUACAAAACCACUUUCAUAAAUAAAUCAUAGAGUGAAAACAUAUUUGCAUAGAGUGAAAUAGCUUCAUCUGUAAAAUGACUAAAUUGCAUGGGAAAUUCGGCAUAUUUCACGGCUGGAAUCUGCAAAUGUUCAUUCCAUAGUUAUGUAUUUGCAAAUUAACAGCAAUGAUCAUUUAGAGCAAAUUAAUUUUGUGCUAUAUUUUUUACCAUUAAACUACAAUAUUGCCAUACACCAGUGGACAAAAAAAUAUAUACAAAAACCUGAAACCAAAAAUCUACAUUACGCAUUGUUUAUAAAACAUCUAAUGUUGUUGCUUUUAACUAGAAUCUUACACAAUCAUUUUUUUUAUUAUUAUUAUUAUUCUUAUGUAUAUAAUCGAGAAACGAGUGUUUUACUAUCACUUCUCUGUUCUAAUAUUAAAUUACUUUACCUUUCUUGCACUCUGCGGAGGAAUAGAUUUCUCUUUGUUUAUAAGGAGUUGAUUGUUGUACAUAUUCAAUUGCAUUAUUCUAUAUAUAUUACACCUGCUGGAGAUGAAUUGAAUUUUAAAUUUAACACUGUUACACCCUUAUUAUACAAUUCUACAGCAUAAACGUUUAUAGAAAGAUGGUAUAUGAUACACGUUAGAAUAUAAAA